AUGGGAGCCAGCGGGCAGAUCAGGCUCCUGCUGUGGAAGAACUGGACUGUCCGCAGGAGACAGAGGGUGCGAUUCCUGAUGGAGAUCAUGUGGCCCGUGAUUCUGUUUAUGGGACUAGUUUGGCUCAGAAGAGUGAAUCCUCUUUACCGUCAACAUGAAUGCCACUUCCCAAACAAAGCCAUGCCAUCCGCUGGGGUCCUGCCGUGGAUCCAGGGAAUCUUCUGCAACGCCAACAAUCCGUGUUUCCAGUUUCCCACCCGCGGAGAGUCUCCCGGCCUCGUGUCCAACUACAAUAACUCCAUUCUGGCCCGGUUGUACUCAGAUGCCCAGGAUCUGCUGCUCUCAGACCCAGAGUUCCAGAAGCUCGGACAAAUGUGGAGAGAACUCAACGCCAUGAGCAACUUCAUGGACACUCUGCGCACACAUCCAGAGCAAGUCUCAGGUCGUGGAGUGAAGGUGGAAAGCAUUCUGAAAGAUGACGAGUUGUUGACUUCAUUUCUGUUGAGAGACAUCCCCCUGACGCAGACUGUAGUGAACCAUUUGGUCACCGCGGAGAUCAGGCCUGAGCAGUUUGCUUCUGGAGUUCCUGAUGUCCAUUUGAAAGACAUUGCCUGCAGUUUGAACCUUUUGGAGCGAUUUCUUGUGUUUUCGAGUCGCAGAGGUCUCUACGCCGCCCGCAACGCCAUGUGCAUCCUCACCCCACAGAGACUUCAAAUCAUCGAAGACAAGUUCUAUGCCAGUGUGGACUUUUUCAAGGUCUUCAAGUUGCUUCCUCGCGUUCUGGACAACCACUCGAACGGCAUCGACAUUCGUCUGUGGGUGCGUGUCAUCUCUGCUGUGUCUGAAAAACUGCGUGAGUUGUUCCAGAGGAGUAGUUCCCAGGAGCUUCUCCAGGUUUUGACCCCUCUGUUCCAGAGCGACCUGUCCUUCAGCGAGGUGAUAUCUGCAGUCUCCAGCCUGGUCUGUGGGUACAGCGAGGGCGCCUUCUCCAGAGUCACCUCUUACAACUGGUACGAAGACAACAACUAUAAAGCUUUUCUGGGCAUCAGCAGCCGAAGCAACCAGGGACAAUACGCCUAUGACAACAGCACAACACCUUUCUGUAACGACAUGAUGAGAGAACUGGAGUCAGAUCCUGCAACCAGGAUCGUGUGGAACUUAGUGAAGCCGAUGAUGAUGGGGCAGAUCCUCUAUGCACCAGACUCACCAGCUGCCAGAAAGAUCAUCAAAAAUGCCAAUACCACAUUUGAGGAGCUGGAGAGACUGAAGGUUUUGGGGAAGGCCUGGGAGGAGGUGGCUCCACAAAUUUGGACUUUCUUCCAAGAUGGCAUCCAGGUCAAGAUGAUCCGGGACACCAUCUACAAUCCUUCAGUGAUGGAUUUUAUUGACAAGAGUUUUGACGAGGCGCCAUUUUCCUCCAAACACAUCCUCAACUUCCUGUACAACGGCCCACCCGAGGAGAGGCCUGAGGGCGUACCAAAGUUUGACUGGAGAGACAUUUUCCACCUCAUUGAUCGAGUCAUUCGAAUGCUCAACCAGUACGGAGAUUGUGUGUUGCUCGAUAAGUUUGUGCCCAUGCCUGAUGAAGACACCGUCACGCACAGAGCAUUGGACCUUUUGGAGGAGGGUAAAUUCUGGGCAGGUCUGGUCUUCACAAACAUGUUUUCAUGGACCAAUCAUGUCCCACCUCACGUCAUGUUCAAAAUACGCAUGGACAUCGACUCAGUGGAGCGCACCAAUAAGAUCAAAGACAGGUAUUGGGAUCCGGGCCCCAGGGCUGACCCCAUGGAUGACCUGCGUUACGUCUGGGGUGGUUUUGCCUACCUCCAGGACAUAAUAGAGCACGGCGUAAUAAAGACUCACACAGGAAAGGAGUGGUCGAUGGGCGUGUACCUUCAACAGAUGCCCUACCCUUGUUAUGUAGAUGACCUGUUCAUGCUGACAUUGAAUCGCUGUUUUCCCAUCUUCAUGGUGCUGGCCUGGGUCUACUCUGUGUCCAUGAUGGUGAAAAGCAUCGUCCUGGAGAAAGAGUUGAGACUGAAGGAGACUCUGAAGGCAGCGGGCGUCACCAACAGCGUCAUCUGGACCACGUGGUUCAUUGACAGCUUCCUCAUGAUGGGCACCAGCACUGCUCUGCUCACGGCUAUCAUCAUGGGAGGAAGAGUUUUGAACUACAGCAACCCCAUCAUCCUCUUCCUCUUUCUGCUCAUGUUCACCACGGCGACCAUCAUGCAGUGCUUUCUCCUCAGUGUUUUCUUUAAUCAGGCCAAUCUGGCUGCAGCCUGCUGUGGCAUCGUCUACUUCGCCCUGUAUCUGCCCCAUAUCUUCUGUUUCGCCUGGCAGGAGCGCCUCACCAAAGACAUGAAACUACUAGUGAGUCUGCUGUCCCAGGUUGCGUUUGGCUUUGGGACAGAGUACUUGUCCCGUUACGAGGAGCAGGGACUUGGUCUUCAGUGGGACAAUAUUCAGACCAGUCCUUUAGAGGGGGACGAGUUCUCCUUCUAUUACUCUAUCUGUAUGAUGGCUCUUGACUCUCUGCUCUAUGGGGUACUGGCCUGGUACCUGGACAAUGUCUUCCCAGGACAGUAUGGUAUUGGCCAACCGUUUUACUUUCCUCUGCGCCCUCAUUAUUGGUUCAACACUGUGGCUCCAGCACCAGUCAAACAGGAGAUCAAACACAGCUUUGAUAAUGGUUCAAAUAAGGAGCUUCAAUCAGAGAGAGCAAAGAGCACAGAAGAGACGACUUCAUGUGAACACCAGGCUCAGAGUAAAGGCAAAGAGAGUGAGGAGAAAGAUGGUCAACAGUAUUUCGAAACAGAGCCAGUUGAUUUGGAGAAGGGCGUUUGUAUCAAAAAUCUGGUGAAGGUGUUUGGCAGUAGCUACAGACCUGCAGUGGACGGCCUCAGCAUUAACUUUUACGAGGGUCAGAUCACUGCUUUCCUGGGACAAAAUGGAGCUGGGAAGACUACCACCAUGUCUAUUUUGACCGGGAUGUUCCCACCGACUUCAGGAACAGCGACCAUUUAUGGCAAGGACAUCUGCUCGGACAUGGACGCGAUCCGCUUGUCUCUGGGAAUGUGCCCCCAACACAACAUCCUUUUUCAGUACAUGACUGUAGCAGAGCAUAUCCUCUUUUAUGCUCUGUUAAAAGGUCGUCCCAUCGCAGAAGCUGAAGAGGAGGUGGAAAACAUGCUUCAAGACCUUGGUUUGCCCCAUAAGAGAGAUGAACUCACCCAGAACCUCUCAGGCGGGAUGCAGAGAAAGCUUUCAGUGGCUUUGGCUUUUGUGGGUGGGGCUAAAGUUGUGAUUUUGGAUGAGCCCACAUCAGGGGUCGAUCCUUACUCCAGACGCUCCAUUUGGGACCUGCUGCUCAAGUAUCGCGCAGGUCGUACAGUGAUUAUGUCCACACACCACAUGGAUGAGGCCGACCUGCUGAGUGACCGAGUGGCCAUCAUCUCUCAGGGACGACUCUUCUGCUGUGGAUCUCCCAUUUUCCUUAAGAACUGUUUUGGAGCUGGAUUUUACCUCACGCUCGUGCGAAAAAUGAAACAUGAACUUCAAAAGACUAGCUGUCAUUGUACCGAGGACUGCUCCUGUAAAUGCUCUGCAUGUUCCAAGUAUAAAGCGACUCAGGAGGAGAGUGCAGCUCCAGAGCGGCAGAUGGACGGUAACAUUGAAAGGAUCACUGCUCUGGUGCACCAUCACGUCCCACAGGCUCGUCUGAUCGAGGCCAUUGGUCAGGAGGUGACUUUCCUGCUCCCAAACCGAGACUUCCAGCCCCGAGCUUAUGCCAGUCUGUUCAGAGAGCUGGAGGAAACCCUGACGGACAUUGGACUGAGCAGUUUUGGAGUAUCGGACACUUCACUAGAGGAGGUUUUCCUAAAAGUCACUGCUGAUGGAAGUGCAACCAACAGGAAAUGCAUGCAAGAUAUGAGAGCUUUGCAGGCGAUUUCUCGAGCUAGUCUGUGCGGAUUCAGCAGAGUGGUGGUAGAAGGUGAUAAACCACAAGAGAAAGUUGGGACUGUGCCCUCUAAUGGCUCAGGAGAGUGUUUCUCUAAUGAAGAAAAUGGAGGCAGAGGGUCAUACCAGGUCAGAGGGCUGUGUCUGAUCUUCAAACAGUUCUUUGCUCUUCUCAUCAAACGGCUCCACCAUGCAACCAGGUCCUACAAAGACUUUUUCGCACAGAUUGUGCUUCCGGCUAGCUUUGUCUUCCUGGCUUUAACAUUCACGCUGAUAGUUCCACCUUUUGGAGAGUAUCCCAGUCUGACCCUGAGCCCCUGGAUGUAUGAAAGACAAUACACAUUUUUCAGUAAUGAGCGGCCAACAGAUGCAAAGAUGAGAUAUUUGGGUGAAGUUUUGCUCGACAAACCAGGCUUUGGGACUCGAUGCAUGGUGGAUGAACCACUUGAAAAUUUCCCAUGUCACAACAUCACGACAGAGUGGGAGAUGCCUCUGGUCAAUCCUGCUCUGAUUGAGAUGCUUGAUGGUCCACAGUGGGACUCUAUCAGACCCUCUCCAGACUGUCAGUGCAGCACAGCCCAAAAACUCACCAUGCUCCCAGUGUGUCCCGAGGGGGCGGGGGGCCUGCCUCCUCCACAGAGGAUGCAGUCGACAGGAGAUGUUCUCAUGGAUCUAACUGGGAGGAACAUCCCCGACUUUUUGGUGAAGACCUACCCAAGUCUCAUCAGGACCAGCUUAAAGAGCAAGUACUGGGUGAAUGAGCAAAGGUAUGGAGGCAUAUCGGUGGGUGGACAACUUCCUGUUUUAGAAAUCGACCCAAAAGCCAUCCAGGAUUUGGCUUCUCAACUUGGACGAUUAUUAAAUGUUACAGGGGGUCCAAACUGUAAACAAUCCCUGAAAGAUAUUGGGACAUUUCUUAAGUACAUGGAGACUGAAAACAAUAUUAAGGUGUGGUACAACAAUAAGGGCUGGCACUCCAUGGUCUCCUUCUUGAAUGUGGCAAACAAUGCUAUUCUUCGAGUAAACCUUCCCAAAACCUCAGUCCUGUCUGAAUAUGGGAUCACUGCCAUUAACCACCCUCUGAAUCUGACCAAGGGACAGCUGUCUGAGAUCACUGUCCUGACCACUUCAGUCGAUGCUGUGGUGGCGAUCUGUGUCAUAUUCGCCAUGUCCUUCGUGCCCGCAAGCUUCGUCCUUUAUCUGAUCCAGGAGCGGGUCACUCAGGCCAAACACCUGCAGUUUGUCAGCGGAGUCAGUCCUCUGGUUUACUGGACCGCCAACUUCCUCUGGGACAUGUUGAAUUACUCCGUCAGUGCAGUGUUGGUGGUGGAAAUAUUCAAGAUCUUCGAUAAAAAGUGUUACACCUCACCCACAAAUCUACAGCCCCUGAUUUCUCUUCUUAUGCUCUAUGGGUGGUCAGUGACUCCCAUGAUGUACCCUCUGUCCUAUCUGUUCAGCAUCCCGAGCACAGCCUAUGUCUCUCUGUCCUGUAUAAACCUUUUCAUCGGCAUCAACAGUAGCGCCAUCACAUUUAUUCUGGAUUUAUUUGAAAGCAACUCGGCCUUAUACAAGUUGAACCAAGUUUUGAAAGCCUUACUGCUCCUGUUCCCACAUUACUGUCUGGGCCGUGGACUCAUUGACAUGGCAAUGAACCAGGCUGUAACUGAUGUCUUUGCUCGCUUUGGUGAAGACCACAGUCCAGACCCUUACAGCUGGCACUAUUUGGGCAAGAACAUGUGUUGUAUGGCGGCUGAAGGCUUCAUCUACUUUGUCGUAAAUAUUCUGAUCCAGUAUCGCUUCUUUUUGGAUCACUGGCUUUCCGAUUCCCCUCGAUUCCACAUUGCGAAUGAGGAUGCUGAUGUGGCUGAGGAGAGGCAGAGGAUUUAUAAAAGUGACAAAACAAAUGAUAUUCUUCGAGUGCGAGACCUGUCCAAGACAUACACUGGAACAGUAAUCCCGGCUGUUGACAGAAUUUGCCUUGGAGUUUCGCCUGGAGAGUGUUUCGGUCUGCUGGGAGUGAAUGGAGCAGGAAAGACCACCACGUUUAAAAUGCUGACAGGAGACAUCGAUGUUACGUCUGGAGAAGCAUCCGUCACUGGAUACAGUAUUUUGACCAACAUUCUGGACGUGCACCAGAACAUGGGCUACUGUCCUCAGUUUGAUGCCAUCGAUGAGCUGCUGACGGGCAGAGAGCACCUGCACAUGUACGCCCGCCUCAGAGGGGUGCCAGAGUAUGAGAUCAGCAGGGUGGCAGAAUGGGCCAUCCAGAAGCUGGGUCUAUCAGAGGACGCAGGUCGCACAGCUGGGACCUACAGCGGAGGAAACAGGAGGAAACUGUCCACAGCCAUCGCCAUGAUCGGCUGCCCGGCUCUAGUACUGCUGGAUGAGCCCACCACAGGAAUGGACCCUUUGUCUCGACGCUUUCUGUGGAACUCCAUUAUGAGUGUUAUUCAGGACAAGCGAGCUGUGGUCCUCACCUCACACAGUAUGGAAGAAUGUGAAGCUCUGUGUACUCGCUUAGCCAUCAUGGUCAAUGGAUCCUUCAAAUGUUUGGGAACAAUCCAACAUCUCAAAUACAAGUUUGGGGAUGGUUAUAUGGUGACUAUGAAGAUCAGAGCAGCAAGGCCUGGUUGUGCCCCAGACCUUAACCCUGCAGAGGCCUUCAUGGAGAGCUCUUUCCCUGGGUGCAUUCAACGAGAAAAGCACUAUAACACUCUACAAUACAAGAUCAACUCCUCCUCUCUGGCCAAGAUCUUUCAAAUGGUGCUCGCAAACAAGGACAAACUCAACAUAGAAGACUACUCUGUGUCACAGACCACUCUAGACCAGGUGUUUGUGAAUUUCGCAAAGCAACAAUCGAGAGAAGACGAACAUAUAGUGCUGCAUCCAAAAGCUGCUGGAGCUCAGAGGAUUAUUAUCACCUCUCCUAUCCUGAGGCUGAGAAGAAGUGAUUGUUUUUAAAAGCUCUACAAAAUAAAAUGAAGACUAAAGGCAAAUAGGGCUAGCAAAUACACAGCUACAACUGAAACAUAGUAUGUCAUGAUUAUGGAAAACCCCAAAGGUAGGACAAAUUACAUGUUGUGUGUCUACAAUGUAUUAUUUUAUUUCUCAUGGGCUUUUAUUUUGAAAGGGUGGAGCAUUAAUGUGCCUGUGUCAUGCUCUGUGCUGCUCACCUUUAGGCCUUGCAAACUAAACUGUGCUUAAGUUUAAAGGGCCAAUAUUACACAAUUUUUUGAUCUAUGUUAUCAUUUUGUUUCCUCUUCAAAAACAUACCCGGAAUUGUGUUUUGUGUCAUUCGCAUUUCAUACACAAACUCUGAAUAUUUACACUGAGAUAGUCCAGUAAUGUAGAGUUGUGAAUGAAACAAAACACAAGUCCAGGUAUGUUUUUGAUGAGAUAACAACAGCAUUAUAACAUGUCAUAAAGCUCACAAGAGCCUAUUUUGUGUAAUAUAGGACCUUUAAUAUGAAGGAAAACGCCCUUAAACUAUGACAUGUCAUAAAGCACAAUAUUGGCUUUUUCAAGUUAAUAUUUGUGCUUUUUGCUGCUUAAGAUGCCAAUCAAGAUUAAGAUGCUGUUUAAUGCCUUUAUUAGACAAAUGAGCACUCAGACAAUCAUAGUCUUAUCAUAGCACUUUAUUUAUAUGUUAUGAUCAAGCAUAGGAGAUUUUUGAUGCUAUAGUGCAAUAUUACUGCUACAAAUGCUGCUACAUCUGUAAAUGUCAAAUGUUAAAUUGU